AAAUUAACUUAGGGUAAUGUUACUUUACAUUUGUAGUGUUAUACGUUUAUUUUCCUUGCAAUGCUAUAUAAUGUACCUUUAGUAGUAAAUCCUAAGUGAUACAUUAAUUUAUGUUUAAAUUAAUGGUGUAAUAAGAUGCUUAUUGUGACUUAGUUUGAGUUAUAAUUCAAUUUUAAAUUCGAAUCUUAAUAACGACAGGUUACUAUCACUAUUAAUGUAUCAAUAUCAUCAUCACUGGUAAUGUGGUAUCAGACUGCUGUUUUGGACUUAAGUUAGAAUUUGUAUUUCGUUUGAUCGUCUGAAAUAAUUUCCAUUUAAGUGAAACCUUGUGGGACAACAAAUGAAAAUAUGGGCCAUAGGAAUAAAAACCAUCACAUUAGAUUUCAAGAGAAUGAUCUAAUUAGUGAAAACCAGAACAAUGUAAUAAAUAAGGAGCACCCUGGUCAACAUAGAAGUAUUAAUUAUCAAUACAAUAAUAACAAUAAUUAUAAUUUGUUACACUCAGCAGAAGUAGACUUGAUUUCUCCAUUUAGGAAGAAGCAUAAAAAACACAAAAAUAAACAGAUGGAUAAAGAUAAGGAGGAUAAACAGCUUAGAAGAGAAACAACUGAAAGAAAUUCAGAUAUUGGUAAUUUAUUUGUGGCAGAAUCAUUUCUUGAAAGCGGACAUAACAUUAACUCAGAAUACACCAACACAGAAUUUGUUGCAAGUAAAAAGAAACACAGAAAAAAACAUAAAAGAAGCAAGAAAAGUAAACCAGCUGAAAUCUCACAGAAGAGUACUCAGUCAGCUUUUUUUACAGACAACCUGAGAACUGUUAGCAUUAAUGAUACAUGUGAACAAAACUUAUCGCAGUGUAAUAAACAAACAGCUAGGCAUGAGGAUAUUAAUGUUAUGGAGGGAAAAUGUGAAUUUAAUGAGGAAUUACCAUGGAAGAAACAUAAAAGAAAACAUUUGAGCGAUGGAUAUGAAAUUCCCAAAGAGGCUAGGUCUCCCAAUUCUACUACAGACAAUGCAAGAAUUGUAUCAAAGAAAUUGGUCACCAUAGAUUGUGAACAUAACCUGCCUGUUUACAAUGAAUUAGAGUCUUUUUUACCAUCCACUAAUAAUUAUGAGGAUUAUUUGGACCUGGGCUGUGAUUCAAUUGGUCAUAAUAGUUCAGGAUUGAAAUUUAUUGAGAAACCAGGAAAACAGUCUUUGGGAGGUAAACAAAAUAUUAACAGUUUAUCUGCAAAAGAGAAAAAAAGCUUAGCUUUUGAUGAAGAGUCUCAAAAUAAUAGAAAACCUAGCGUAAAGGGUGCAAUUACAAGAGCCACAUUUUCAUCAGAUUCUAAUGUGUUAGAAGUAUCAAAUGAAAUUGAAAUCCAUAGCAUUAAUGACCAGAAUGGGAAAAAAAAGUUUUCAGAAGAUAAAGAUUACCAAAACUGUAAGGUGAAUGGAAAUAAACACUUUACUUUAGAUCAAUCAGAUGAUGAUGAUGACCAGGAAUUUUCAGAAGAGGAACUUAAUUUAGACACUACAGAAGAUCCACUGGACUUCAUACCACCAGCUCUUCACAAAGCUGGAACUGUGUGUAACUUAACAUCAAGUGGAAAAGAGCAGCUAAUUUUUGAAGGGGUGAAAAUUCGUACAGGGAAGUGGACAAAAAGAGAAGAUAAUAUUAUGAAACAAAAUUGGCAAGAUCUCUGUAAGAGAUAUCAACUUGAUCAUCCAACUAUUCUGCUUGGAAUAGCUCAGAAAAGAAGCAAAUAUAUGAACUUCCUUCGAGCAAAACACUUUUAUGUUCGUUUAGCUAAAGGAUUGAAUGAUCGUCCUCUACACAGUGUAUACUUACGAGCUAGGAAACUAUUUUCAUCAGGUUUCCGUCAGGGAAGGAUGAAAAGUAAUGAAUUUUCAAGAGCUCUUCAACUGUACCAGAUACAUGGUAGAAAGUGGUCAAAAAUUGGUAAGACACUAAACAGAAGACCAGACACUGUGAAGGACAUAUUGAGAUAUCGGACAACAAAAGAAGUUAUUGGAGUAUGGAGUCCAGAGGAAGAUGAAUCAUUGAUAAAGGCAGUUCAGGAAUUCAUUGGGUGCACUGAUACUGAAGGAAUAUGUCAUGGACUCAAAUGGGUAGAAAUUGCGAAGCUGGUUCCCACCAGAAAUGAAAGUCAGUGUCGCCAACAUUGGCUGACGAAAUUAUGUUGGGCAAAAAGUAAUAAAGACAGUGAUAAAGUAAAUUGGAAACCUGAAGACACACGCACGUUAAUAAAGCACCUGUACGAUAUCUCUGCUGAAUCUGAAGGAGAUGUUGAUUGGGAUGCUUUAGCUGAAAAAUUUGAAAUGACUAUGUCCUACUACUCUCUUCAGUUCAAAUGGUGGAGUUUGAAAUACACUGUUCCAGACUGGGAGACCAAAGAUUUUGAAGAGAUUGUGGCUUAUUUGUAUCAUCAUCAUAUCUCCCUGUCAAAAGGAAAGUAAAAAAAGAAAAGUCACCAUACAAUCU